AUGUGCUCACACCCCUCGCAGCUCACGCUUAUCAACAAGAACAGCCGUGGGAGCAUGAACAUGGGUACCUCCACUGUACUUGUGACACUGAGCAUGGUCCUCGUCAUGGCUAGCCUCGCCUCGGGACAUAUCUGUGCUCUGCACCCGGUCCAGCGUGGCGGUGCCAACGUGAGCAUUCCUGGGGAUCCGAGCUGCUACAAGCGGACAGCUCCGUGUGGUGCGACGAGUCAUGGCCCACCUUCGGCUACGUAUGCACCGGGUUCUAUUGUCGAGGUCAACUUCCAGCAGGCGCUCAAUCAUUGGUACUACGAGAAGCCCGGCCAUCUGGAUGUGGCCAUCGCCAGCGGCAACUCGCCGUCAGACUCGGCCUUUACCGUCAUCGGCACCCUGCCUGACUUUCCUGCUCAUGAUCAGGUGUGGCAGACCAACUUUACCAUGUCGGUCACCAUUCCGGCGAGUAUGUCUCCAGGCGCUGCGGUGAUGCGGUUCCGGUAUGUGGCGAACAACCCGGACGAGGCUGUCAAGGGCAAUCCGGACGCCAUCUUCUACAACUGCGCCGAUGUGCUCAUCUCAGCUGCUGCGGGCAAGACCCAGGCCCCGGCUGCUGACGCCCGUCUGGCGGAGCUCCUUGCCGACGGUCAGCCUCUGGCGAGCACCGCGACGCCUACUGGAUGCGAGGCGCCGAAGCAAUUUGAGGGCGUCUCGAUCCAGGCCGAGGGCACCGGCGCCAUUCUCCGCCGCGCCUACGCCUAUGACGCGGUCAACCAGCGGGUCUUUGUCGAUCGCCGCGGCACCAUUGCCUCGGACAGCAACAUUGUGCGUGAGGCAACGUGGACCGACUACCACGCCAUGAAGCAGUGGGUCCUCUUUGAGUACGCCGACUCGACCCCGUCGGUCUGCGAGCUCUACGGACCCGAUGCCUUUUACGCGUGGACAUACGGCGACAAGCCCGAGUCGGCCGGGCAGACGUUUGAGGAGCAGGUUCCGGUCGGCGCCUCGCUCGCCAACGUCUGGUCCAACGGGGUCUUCUGGUGGGCCUCCGAGGCCGAGUCCUGCCUUCCGGUGUGGAAGUACCACCUCAAUGGCGCGAUGGAGCUCUUCACCAACACUUCGAUCGGCAUUGCCGACCCCUCGGUCUUUGACAUCCCGUCCAUCUGCAACGGUCUCGUUCAGAUGAAGCGGUGCUCGUGAGGCCCCGGGUUUCUUCACCCACCUCCCCCUCUCCUACGCCGGUACAAACCCCCGAUUUUCCC